CGCCCGUCGGGAAGGCACGUGCUGCCCUCCUGGAGCGGCGCCUCGUGCCCGCCCGGCGCCUGGAUCCUGGAUGCUGGAGCCGCGGGGGCUCCUCCGGGCCGCGCUCCGGCCCCGCGCUGCCCACCGGCCCCGCUCGCUCCUCGGCGGCCGGCGGCGGGGCGGGGAGCGUGUGCGGGGGGGCAGGGGUGUGUCCUGCUCUCCCGCUCCCUGCCCGGGGCACCGGGGUCUCCUCUCCUCUCCCGGCGGCUGCGGCUCACUCGGCUGGCCGUCCCGCGGCGGGACGUGUGGGCUGCCCGGGAGCCAUGGCUCGGGAAAGUUUGCCGCUGCUCCUGCUGCUGGCGGCGCUCGGCAGCCGAGGCCAGUCGCCGUCGCCGCCGCCGCCGCCGCAAAGAGGACUGUUUCCUGCAGUGCUGAACCUGGCUAGUAAUGCUCUCAUCACAACCAAUGCUACCUGUGGCGAAAAGGGGCGGGAAAUGUACUGCAAACUCGUAGAACACGUACCUGGACAGCCUGCAAGGAACCCUCAGUGCCGCAUUUGUGAUCAAAGGAGCCGAGUUCCACAUCAACGACACCCGAUAGCAAAUGCAAUUGAUGGCAAGAACACUUGGUGGCAAAGCCCUAGUAUCCAGAAUGGAAUUGAGUAUCAUUAUGUGACCAUUACAUUGGACCUCCAACAGGUUUUCCAAAUCGCGUAUGUUAUUGUGAAAGCAGCUAACUCCCCUCGUCCUGGGAACUGGAUAUUGGAGCGCUCGCUGGACGGUGUGGACUAUCAGCCAUGGCAGUACUAUGCCAUCACAGACAGCGAGUGCCUGACACGCUACAACAUUCAUCCCCGGCCUGGAACCCCAUCCUACAUAAAAGAUGAUGAAGUCAUAUGCACUUCUUAUUAUUCCAAAAUCCACCCUCUGGAAAAUGGAGAGAUUCACACUUCUCUAAUUAAUGGACGACCUAGUGCUGAUGAUCCGUCACGUGAAUUACUGGAGUUCACCUCUGCUCGCUUUAUUCGCCUGAGAUUCCAGAGGAUAAGGACACUAAAUGCUGAUUUAAUGAUGUUUGCACACAAAGAUCCAGCUGAAAUUGAUCCCAUUGUUACAAGGAGGUAUUACUAUUCUAUAAAAGACAUCUCCGUUGGAGGCAUGUGUAUAUGUUCAGGCCAUGCAAAGGCUUGUCCACUGGAUCCAGCGACCAAUAAAUCCGUCUGUCAGUGUGAGCACAACACAUGCGGAGAGACAUGUGAUCAGUGUUGUCCUGGUUUCCAUCAAAAGCCUUGGCAUGCUGGCACUCUCCUGCAUAAGCAUGAAUGUGAACCAUGCAACUGUCAUGGGAAGACUGAGGAGUGUUACUACGAUCAGGACGUGGCAGCCAGAAACCAGAGUUUGAACAUCCACGGGGAGUACCUUGGGGGCGGAGUGUGUGUAAACUGCUCAGGCUACACCAGCGGCAUCAACUGCGAGACCUGCCUGGACGGCUACUUCAGGCCAAAAGGGGUAUUGCCAGAUAACCCAGAUCCAUGCCAGCCAUGUUCUUGUGAUCCAAAUGGGUCUUUAAAUGAUACCUGUGUCAAGGAUGAGAAACAUACAGAAGGAGAUUUGUUGCCUGGUUUCUGUCACUGCAAGACUGGCUAUGCAGGAAAAAGCUGCAAUCAAUGUGCUUUGGGUUAUACAGGAUAUCCUGAGUGCCUGCCCUGCAACUGCUCCCUUGAGGGCAGUGAAAAUGAUGACCCCUGCAUAGGUCCCUGCAUCUGCAAGGAGCAUGUUGAAGGAGAAAACUGUGACCGUUGUAAAACAGGUUUCUUCAAUCUUCAGCAAAAUAAUCCCGAAGGCUGUGAGGAAUGUUUCUGCUCUGGAAAAACAAACAUCUGCAGACAGUCUUCCUUUACCUACAGAAGUAUAGAAGACAUGAAUGGUUGGUACCUGACUGACUUACCAGGUCUCAUCAGAGUCGUCCCCACACAAAAGAGAUUUGAUGGGCAUCAGCAGCUAAGCAUCAGCAAUGUGGCUGCACAAAAAGUACUGCCACAGAUUUACUAUUGGAGCGCACCCAGUUCUUAUUUGGGCAACAAAGUAGCAGCUGCUGGAGGACAUCUGAAAUUUACAGUCUCCUAUGAUGUCACAGAAGAAGAAGAAGAAGAAGAAACAGCUAAAUUGAUGGUUCAAUCUGAUGUCGUCAUAGAGGGAGGUGACUUGAAAAUCAGCACUCCAAAAGGGAUAAUUCACCUGCAGCCGUCUGAAGAGCACACUGAAGAAAUUGUGCUGAAACCAGAAUCUUUCUCAGUGCAUGGCACUGAUGUUCCAGUCAGCAGGAGGGAGUUCAUGACUAUCCUGGCAAACGUGAAGAGGAUCCUCAUAAGAGCCACAUACAGCAAUGGGAUGAAUGCCAUCUACAGACUAAGAAGCGUUAUUAUGGAAUCUGCUGACCCCACUUCACGGGGGAGAAGGGUAGCACCUGCAGUGGAGCUGUGUGAGUGUCCUCCAGGCUAUGAUGGUACCUCCUGUGAGUCGUGCUGGCCUCGACACAGGCGUGUGAACGGCACAAUCUUUGGUGGAGUCUGUGCACCCUGUACAUGCUUUGGUCAUGCAGAUGUGUGUGAUGACAUCACAGGAGCGUGCCUGGACUGCAAACACAACACAGGUGGUUCAUAUUGUGAUAGAUGUCUGCCUGGCUUCUAUGGUGAUGCAACUAAAGGGACAGCUGAAGACUGUCAGUUGUGUGCUUGCCCCUUAAAUAUACCUUCUAACAACUUUAGCCCAACGUGUCAUUUUGACCGACAUCGUGGAUUAAUGUGUGAUGAAUGCCCAGCUGGUUACGUGGGACCACGCUGUGAAAGGUGUGCAGAAGGCUAUUUUGGACAACCUUUAAUACCAGGAGGAUCAUGCCAACCAUGCCAGUGUAAUGACAACCUUGACUUCUCCGUUCCUGGCAGCUGUGACAGCUUGUCUGGUGCUUGUCUGAUAUGUAAGCCAGGUACAACAGGCCAAUAUUGUGAGAGGUGUGCUGAUGGAUAUUUUGGUGAUGCUCUUCAUGCAAGGAACUGUCAACCCUGUCACUGUCACAUGAAUGGCUCCUUCUCAGAGAUCUGUGACUCUCGGACGGGCCAGUGCGAGUGUAAAGCCAACGUCAUCGGGCGCCGCUGUGACAUCUGCAAACCCGGAACAUUUGGCUUACAGUCUUCCAGAGGAUGUGUUCCCUGCAACUGCAACUCUUUUGGUUCCAAGUCCUUUGAUUGCAAUGGAGACGGACAGUGCUAUUGCCAGCCUGGAGUGACAGGAAAGAAGUGUGACCGCUGUGCACAUGGGUUUUACAACUUUGAAGAAGGAGGCUGUACCCCCUGUGAGUGUUCACGUUUUGGCAAUAACUGCGAUCCCGUCAGUGGACGCUGUAUCUGCCCUCCCAAUACUGUUGGAGAGAUGUGUGACAAAUGUGCACCAAACCACUGGGGCCACAACAUUGUCAGUGGCUGCAAGCCCUGUGAGUGCAGCCUCAUUGGAGCCCUAAGUUCUCAGUGUGACUUAAAUACAGGCUGUUGCUUCUGCCGCCCUGAAUUCUCUGGGGAGAAAUGCACUGAGUGCAGGAUGGGCUACUGGAAUUAUCCACACUGUGUGGCUUGUCAGUGCUUCCUGGCUGGGACAGAUCCACAGAGCUGUGAUGCGGAGGGGAAGUGCUCAUGCAUUGAUCAUUCUGGCCAAUGCAGCUGCAAGGUUAAUGUGGAAGGUGUCCACUGUGACAGGUGCAAGUCUGGUACAUUUGGUCUCUCUGCCAGAAACCCACUUGGCUGCAGCAGUUGCUAUUGCUUUGGCCUGACUACACAGUGCAGCGAGGCAAGGGGGCUGAUCCGCAUGUGGGUGACCUUGAAGCCGGAGCAAAUGAUUCUGCCACUGGUGGAUGAAAAGCUUCAGCGUAGCACUCUUUCAGGGAUUGCAUUCCAGCCUCCUGAAAUAGUAGCAAAUAUAGAACAGGUGAUGCAGGAUCUUCGGUCAGAACCUGUUUACUGGAGACUUCCAGAGCAGUUUGAGGGACGAAAGCUGACCGCUUAUGGAGGGAAACUGAAAUAUGCCAUCUACUUUGAAGCACGAGAAGAGACAGGUUUUACUACUUACUCCCCACAAGUCAUCAUAAGAGGUGGGCCUCCCACAAAUACGAGAAUUAUUGUCCGGCAUAUGGCUGCCCCUCUGAUUGGCCAGCUGACAAGGCAUGAGAUAGAGAUGACAGAGCAUGAGUGGGAAUAUUAUGGUGAUGACCAAAGAGGCAGAAACCCUGGACCCUGGGAAUAUUACCAUGGUAACCCAGGUCUCAACAGGACGAUGUCUCAGGGAGAUUUCACCUGGAAACAUUAUGGAGAUGACUCAAGACCAAGUAGAACUGUAUCCCGGGAAGACUUCAUGAACGUGUUGUAUGAUGUUCAUUACAUUCUUAUCAAGGCGACUCAUGGCAAUAUCAUGAGGCAGAGCAGGAUUUCUGAGAUCUCUUUGGAAGUUGCUGAAGAUGGCCCUGUGUCUGGGAUGGCUCCUCAGGCUUACUUGAUAGAGAAAUGUGACUGCCCAUUGGGUUAUUCUGGUCUGUCCUGUGAGUCGUGCUCUCCAGGAUUUUAUAGGCUUCCAUCUCAACCUGCGGGAAAGACACCUGCUCAGUCCUUAGGCACCUGUGCUGUAUGUCAGUGUCAUGGACACAGCACUAUGUGUGACUCUGAAACAUCAGUUUGUCAGGACUGCCAGCACAAUACCGCUGGUCACCACUGUGAGAGGUGUGCUCCAGGAUUUUACGGCAUUGUCCAAGGCUCUCCGGAUGACUGCCAGCCUUGUGCUUGUCCCCUAUCCAUUCCUAGUAACAAUUUUAGCCCUACUUGCAUUGCUGAAGGACCUAGUGACUACCGGUGUACUGCCUGCCCACCCGGAUAUGAAGGCCAGUACUGCCAAAGAUGUUCUUCUGGCUACACAGGAAACCCACAGAUUCCAGGAGGGUCCUGCCAGGCAUGUGAGUGUGAUCCAUAUGGCUCUGUGCCUGUUCCCUGUGACCCUGUCACUGGGCAGUGCACUUGCAAGCCUGGAUUCACGGGGUGGAAGUGUGCUGGCUGUGAGCAUCGGCAUGCGCGUCAUGGCACCAAAUGCAUUUCAUGCAUACUUUGGGCAUGUUUCUCACAAGAGGCUUCUAAAGGCAAGCGCACAGAUGGCAAGAACAGGGAUGAUACUUGUGAUGAUGAAUGCACAGGACUCCUUCUCAAUGACCUGGAUCGGCUAAACCAGAUGAUCCUGAGUGUUAACCUUAGUGGUCCACUGCCUGCUCCAUAUAAAAUGUUACAUGGUUUUGAGAACAUGACACAGGAAUUAAAGCAUUUGCUUUCACCUCAGAGAGCACCAGAGAGAUUUCUUCAGCUAGCACGAGAAAAUCUGGAUACCUUGGUGACAGAAAUGGAUGAACUACUGACAAGAGCUACCAAGGUGACAGCAGAUGGUGAACAGACCAGGCAGGAUGCCGAGAGGACUAAUGACAGAGCGAAAUCUCUUGGACAGUUCGUCAAAGGCAUUCUCCAAGCUGCUGAAGCUGCAAAAGAAGAUGCUAUAAAACUGAAUGAGACACUCAGAACUCAAGACAAGACUUUGGAGAAGAGUCUUCCAGAACUGCAGAGUGAGGCUGAAGGAAUGGUCAUAGAGAUGAGAAAUAGAGACCUCAGUGUGCAAGAAAAAAUAGCUCAAGAUGAGUUAAAGAAUGCAGAAGAUCUUUUGGACACGGUGAAGAAAUUAUUUGGUGAGCCCAGUGAGAAAAAUGAGGAUCUCAAAAAUGAGGUCCGGGACAAGCUAGCAGACUACCAGAGCAAAGUUGCUGAUGCACAAGAUCUGCUGAAAGAAGCUGCAAGUAAAAUUUGGGAGGCUGAUCGUUUAUCUGCAGUCAAUCAAAAAAAUAUGACCAUGCUGGAGAAAAGGAAGCAAGCUGUAGAAGAUGGCAGACAAGAUGUUGAAAAGACCCUUCAGGAAGGGAAUGAUGUCCUUAAUGAAGCCAAUAAACUUGCAAAUGACAUCAGCAUAGCUGUAGAGUAUGUAGAAGGUGUUGCAAAUAAGGUACAGCCAAUGUCUGAUCAGCUGAAAGACAAAAUAGAUGACUUAUCACAAGAAAUUCGUGACAGGAUGCUUCCAGAAAAGGUGUUGCAAGCUGAGAACCAUGCGGGCCAGCUGAAUGAAUCAUCUGCAGUGCUGGAUGGAAUCCUUACUGAAGCAAAAAACCUCUCUUUCAAUGCCACACGUGCUUUCAAUGCUUAUACUAACAUCAAGGAUUACACAGACGAAGCUGAAAGAGUUGCCAAGGAAGCCAAGGCUCUUGCAAAUGAAGCUAUGCAAGAGACAUCUGGUCCUCAAGGAUCACUGAAGGAUAGUGCCAAGAGCUCUCUUAAGAAAAGCUUCAGGGUCCUUAACGAAGCCAAGAUGUUGGAAAAUGAUGUUAAAGAAAAGGGUGAUGAUCUGGACAGCACACAGAAUAGGCUGAAAGAAGCUGAUGAGAAGAAUUCCAUUCUCUUGAGAGGUUUGAAUGAAACCUUAGGAAAGCUGUCAGCCAUUCCUAAUGAUACAGCUAUAAAGGUACAGGCAGCCAAAGACAAAGCAAGACAAGCCAAUGAUACUGCAAAUGACGUCCUGGUCCAGAUUAAAGACCUCAAUCGGAAUCUCCUGGGCUUGAGAAAAAACUACAGUAAACUUACAGAUGAUGUGGCCAAAACAAAUGCAGUUGUGAAGGAUCCAGUCAAGAACAUUGCUGAUGCAGAUUCCAGUAUUAAAAACCUAGAAAAGGAAGCAGAUCGCCUGCUAGAUAAAAUCAAGCCAAUCAAAGAACUCCAGGAUAACUUAGGGAAAAACAUUUCUCAGAUAAAAGAGCUGAUAAACCAAGCUCGGAAGCAAGCCAAUUCGAUCAAAGUGUCCGUGUCCUCUGGAGGCAAUUGUAUUCGCACGUACAGACCAGAAAUAAAGAAGGGAACAUACAACACCAUCAUUGUCAAUGUGAAGACUGUAGUUGCUGACAAUCUGCUUUUUUACCUUGGAAGUGCCAAGUUUACUGACUUCUUGGCCAUAGAGAUGCGCAAGGGCAAGGUGAGCUUCUUGUGGGAUGUGGGAUCUGGAGUUGGACGGGUAGAAUAUCCAGAUCUGACCAUUGACGAUGGGUUUUGGUACCGCAUUGAAGCCUCUAGGACUGGGAAAAAUGGCACAAUAUCGGUGCGAGCCCUGGAUGGUCCUAAAGCCAGCAUCGUGCCAGCCACAUUCAGUGCAGUCUCCCCACCUGGAUAUACCAUUCUGGAUGUGGAUGUUAAUGCUGUGCUGUUUGUUGGUGGUUUAACAGAAAAAAUUAAGAAGUCAGAUGCUGUAAGAGUCACCACCUUCACUGGUUGUAUGGGGGAAACCUUUCUAGACAGCAAACCAAUAGGACUCUGGAAUUUCAGGGAUAUCGAAGGCGACUGCAAAGGGUGUUCCGUCAGCCCACAGGUGGCAGACAGUGAAGGAACGGUGCAGUUUGAUGGUGACAGCUAUGCCAUGGUGAGCCGCCCGAUCCGCUGGAACCCCAAUAUUUCCACAGUCAUGUUCAAGUUCAGGACCUUCUCAUCAAAUGCUCUGCUGAUGUAUCUUGCUACUGAUGACUUGAAGGAUUUCAUGAGUGUAGAACUCAGUGGUGGGCGUAUAAAGGUCAGCUACGACCUGGGUUCAGGUACAGCUUCGGUUAUCAGCAACCAAAAUCAUAAUGAUGGCAAAUGGAAAUCUUUCACCCUGUCAAGAAUUCAAAAGCAAGCCAACAUAUCAAUUGUAGACAUAGACACUAAUGAAGAAGAGACCGUAGCAACAACUUCUACAGGCAGCCACUUUGGACUCAACUUAAAAGGGCACGAGAAAAUAUAUUUUGGGGGAUUGCCAACCCUGAGAAAUCUAAGUAUGAAGGCAAGGCCUGAAGUGAACUUAGAGAAAUACACAGGUUGCCUCAAAGACAUUGAAAUUUCAAGGACACCCUAUAACAUAUUGAGCAGUCCUGACUUUGUUGGUCUAACCAAAGGAUGCACACUAGAGAACAUUCACACAGUCAGCUUCUCCAAGCCAGGAUUUGUGGAACUGCAGCCGGUCUCCUUCGACGUGGGCACAGAAAUCAAUCUCUCCUUCAGCACCAGGAAUGAGUCUGGGAUCAUCUUGUUUGGCACAGGUGGCACAAUUGUCCCCCCCAGGAGAAAGCGCAGGCAGUCUGCAAGGAAAGCUGCUCCUCUGAAGAGAAAGCGCAGGCAGACAGGACAGGCCUACUAUGCCGUGUUCCUGAACCGAGGUCGGCUGGAAGUGCACGUCUCCACUGGGUUGCGGGAUCCGCACAGAAUCACGAUCAGACCGGAGGCGGGCGAGUUUCAUGAUGGCAGAGCACAUUCCAUCCGGAUAGAACGAGCUAGAGGGAUGUUCAGUGUUCAAGUCGAUGAAGACAAAGUCCAGACUCAGAGGUUUCCAUCAGACCAGCCCAUCUCUGUUAGAAAACUCUUUGUGGGGGGUACAUCUUCUCAGUUUCAGACUGCGCCUCUCAGAAACAUACCACCAUUUGAGGGCUGUAUAUGGAAUCUUGUCAUUAAUGCCACCCCCAUGGACUUUGCUCAGCCCGUGUCCUUUGAAAAUGCAGAUAUUGGCCGAUGUCCCACACUAGAACCAGAAGUUAGGCCAACUGAGGAUGAAGAUAAACCAACUCGUGCAACAGUUCUGGUCCAACCUGAACCAGACACUAAUGGGGAGAAAGAAGGGCCAAGAAUCCCUCCUGCUUCUCCUCCUCCAACACCAUAUCUAUCAUCAGCACUUGAUUCCUGUGCUGCUGACACAGAACCAGCCAUUUUAGAAGGUGGCAAGCAGUUUGGUCUUUCAAGGAACAGCCACAUUGCAGUUGCAUUCGAUGACACCAAAGUGAAAAACAGGCUUACAAUUGAAUUUGAAGUCCGAACAACAGCUGAUUCUGGCUUGCUGUUUUAUAUGGCCCGCAUCAACCACGCUGAUUUUGCUACAGUUCAGAUAAAGAACGGUCUGCCUUACUUCAGUUAUGAUCUGGGGAGUGGAAACACCAGCACAAUGAUUUCCAACAAAAUAAAUGAUGGCCAGUGGCACCAGAUAAAAGUAAGUCGAGUGAAGCAAGAAGGAAAUCUCAUAGUAGAUGGUGUUUCUAAUGGGACUGUGAGCCCCAAGAAGGCUGAUAUACUGGAUGUUGUAGGAAUGCUGUAUGUGGGAGGAUUGCCCAUUAACUACACAACCAGGAGGAUUGGUCCGGUCCUCCAUAGCAUUGAUGGCUGCAUCAGGAAUUUUAAAAUGACAGAAUCACCUGUUGACCUGAAUAAUCCAACUUCUAGCUUCAAUGUUGGAAAAUGCUUUGUCACUGCACAGAAGGGAACGUACUUCGAUGGAACAGGCUUUGCCAAAGCAGUUGGUGCAUACAGAGUGGGAACAGAUCUGCUUGUGGAAUUUGAAUUCCGUACAACACGAAUGAACGGUGUUCUCCUAGGAGUCAGCAGCCAGAAAAUGGAUGGGCUUGGCAUCGAAUUAGUAGGUGGAAAAGUGAUGUUUCACGUUGACAAUGGUGCAGGCCGAUUCUCUGCUGUCUAUGAGCCUGAUGCACCAGGCAGUUUGUGUGAUGGGCAGUGGCACAAGGUUCUUGCAAACAAGGUCAAACACCGCUUGGAGCUGACUGUGGAUGGCAGACAGGUGGAGACUGACAGCCCAAACAGGGCCUCGACCUCGGCAGACACAAACGACCCUCUCUUUAUUGGAGGCUAUCCUGAUGGUGUGACCCAGUUUGGGCUGACGACUAAUAUCCGUUUUAAAGGAUGUAUUCGAUUUCUAAAGCUCACCAAGGGUACUGCAAAACCUCAAGAGAUUAACUUUAGCAAAGCUUUGGAGCUGAAGGGUGUCCAGCCACUGUCAUGCCCUGCAGACUGAUGGUCACUCAGCCAGUAUGGGUCUGUUUAUAUAAGCACCUCAGAUUUAAAAAAAAAAAUCAUCUAUAUCUUCAUUGCAUUAAUAAUAAAAUGUCUUUGUGCAAGUA